GCUUUCUUUUGUUGACCGUUGCUUUCCUUCGUUCGCUCCCCUGUUGACCAUCUUCUUUCUUUUCUUUCUUUUCUUUUUUUUUGAUUGCUAUUUCCGUCCAACAGUCUCCUCCCACUUAACUUCCUCCAACACCCCACACAUCCACCACUUCCGACUCACUCAGCAACCUACACCCCCACUCUCCACCAUCCAUCCAUCCAUCCAUCCAUCUAUCCAUCGACUGAUCGACUAACUCGCUUCAUGUCCCCUACCGAAUCCUGGGACUCCGAUCCUGACUUGGUCUUACCCGAUGGCCCACUCACACUACUCCAAUCAGAUACCGAAGCCGAGGGUGAGACUUCCUCAUCAUCAGUAUCCGCACUCUUCAGCAACAACGGAAACCAUAGCAUCUACUCGGUAGGAAUCGACGAUGAACAGAAUGAUGACUGGCAAAGCGACCAUCCUACAAAACAAUCCUCAAAAUCACCAUCAUCAUCAUCAUCUGCUUCCUCCUCCCAUCAAUCCAGUCCAUCAAAUCAUCACCAGCAUAACCGAGAACCAACCAAUAACCCGUCAAGACGCGAUAACAAGACUCGGAUUCACAAGACUCAUAGAAUACAUCAGACCGACGAGGAUGAUGCUGACCACGAUGAAGAGGAUGAUCGCAAAGGUGGUACGCUGACACUCAAGACCGGCAACUCGACCAGCAAUAGAAAUCAUCUGGACUGUUUUCAAUCCAAUCCACCCUCAAGAUCUAACCCAAACUCGUCCCUUCACCCAUCAUCAUCCAAUCAGCACGGCCAGCAACACGAUGAAUCAUUCUCGAGUACCUCCUCAGAGUGUCAAUCGACCAUCAAAGCCUCAUUCCUACCACUCCCCACCCCUGACUCUCAAUCUAGCUCGAACCAUCACCACCAACCUCCAAAGAAUCACUCUAAGCGAUCCGUCGCCCAAAUCGACAGAACUGUCCUAGCCGUCCUUGCAUCUGGUGCUAAGGGUACCGUCACCCGCCUCGAACCCAGUAAGAAACCGAGCCCUGUCCAGGCUGGAUUGGAUUGGGAUGAGGACAUCGUUCUACCCGAAGGUGGCCUUCAGACCAUCUUCAGACCUAUCGGUCAUUCGACUCAGGACGUCAAAAAGCAGCCCAGCUUUGCUAGCGCGAUCAGCGACGAGUUGGAAGAUCUUAACCUGGGCAGUCAUCCAAGCUCUCAUCGCUCAGGUACAAGCUCAUCAAGCCAUACCAGUCGUACAAGCAAUCUAGUCAAUCAAUCAACAAAAUCUGCUAUCCAAUGCUCUACAGUCAACGAAGAAGAGGGUGAUUUCGGAGAUGAUUUCGAGCUACCACCAACCGGCCAAUCUAUCAACCUCACUGACCUCAAAAAGAAUCAUCGACACUUCACCAGCAAACCAAAUAGCUCAGUCAGUCUCACAGGCUCUGAGUUCGAUGCAUUGGACGAUGAUUCACUUGAUCCCCCAAAGUCGACAGCCUCCUCGCGUCCGGGUAGUGUCCUAUUAGCCAACCUACCCAAUAGCGCGACCAACUCGAUUAGUCAUUCUACCGGAAACCCCGCCUCGAUUGACGAUAACACCCCAAGGAUCCGAACUCGUCCAAGUCUCACCCCCAGUCUGAUGUCCGACCGCUCCUCCUCUACGUCCUUCCCAGAACUUGAACCUGAACCCGAAGAUGAUCUCAACGAAGGCUUCUUUGAUGAUAUCGAAUUCCCACCCGAAUUCGGUAUCCCUAAUAACCUUGCCCCCGCCUCAACCUCAUCCACUCCCGCCCCUACUCCUACCACCGCCACUCCUAAACCUACUCAAUCCUCCCUCCCCGACACCAAAGGCAAACAGCCCAGUCGAGGACGUGGAAUGAACUUACAAACGUAUCUGAGUUCAAAGAUUCAAGCGCGCGCCUUGAUGGUAGAACGAAGCAAUUCGCAUCCAGCUCAACAGCUUAGAGAAAAUAUCUCCACAUUUGAAGACCGCCAUGACGAACGAGUUGAAGAUGGGCUUGAGAUUGAAACUGGAAGCAUUCAUCCCGCGAAACUCAGAAGCCGCAAAAGUAGCUCGAUCAGCUCUGCAAGUAGUCACGCUCAUCAACCGGGUCGCAACAGCUAUUUUCAGCAAGCUCAUGGUUCCAAAUCAAAAUCCAAACGAAUAACUGUUCCUUUUCCUUCCUCAAAUGCUUCCACCUCUACCUCACAACCUAGCGAGAAACAUGCUCGAUUUUCUUCGAACCGCUCCCCCUUGAAUCAGCACCCCAAUGACAGCAGCACUCGACUAACCCCCGUACCCUCGUCGUCCACAUCGACAUUCCCCGGUCGGGCGGCAUCUCACGUGUCACUCAUCAACAGACCCAGUUCCGCGAUACCCCCUGGUACGUCAAAUUCUAGGCUUCAUGCUUUGAUCCCACAUCGUCCCAUUUCGGCAACAGGCAUGGUUUCUGGUUUCAAGAAUGCUGCAUACAGCUCCUUUGUCAACCCGCCCUCCUCUGAUUCUCUGCCGCGCUUCAGGACAAAGAGCUUGAGACCAACUAAUAGCAAUGGUGACUUUUCGGAUAAUUCGCCUACCCCUUCCAAUCACUUAGGCACCGAUACAUCAACCCGCGUUCAGUCUCCACUUGGCAAUCCCUCAAGAGCCGCCAGGUUGGUUAGUAGAGUGAGCGCCGCAAGCUCCCUACGCGCUAGAGUUUCGACUAUGGCAGCCUGUAAUGGCCCACCCGUUCUGUCCGCUAGUAGUCAACGGACGUUAAAACACAAAAAAUCGGCUGCCGCACUCAAAUCAACCAACUUGGGCUCCUCAGGCCCACAAUCUCAUUGCUCGUCUAUCAGUGAUGGUCGCCCACCUCAAUCAUCGCCACCUGGAUCAAAUGCUUCUUCAAAUGGGCGUGGCCUACACCGCAAACAGUCGAUGCCCUCUCUCAAUCGUGACAGUCAUCAUGCUUCCGGCUCAGGUGGACUACCUACUCGCCCUGGGGGAGUAAUUCAAUCCGGAAUUAGUGCUGCGUCGGUUUGGAAGUCAGGUGCUGUACCUCAGCCGAAAGCCCGACAACAACCCUAUGAUUAUUCUUCUACGCCCUCCUCACCAAAUCUGAUACCUGGCUCAGCACUCCCCUCCUACGCUGACCCUACCCGGGCAUCCAUGAACAGGCACGUCGGCGCGCCUGGGGCGAAUACUGCAUUGCCUGAUCGAAGUAGUUCGGUCAAUUCGAGACGAAGUUCCACCGAGAGCGUCCGACUAAAUGUCUGUUCACCCGGCCCUCCUACGACGGUAAGCACGCCAGCUGGCAGCAGUCGGCUGACAAUGCCAACAAUUGCAAGCCGACUCAAAGCCAAACCCUCGAUCAUUCAUGAAGAGCAUUCUUCAACCUCCAAGCGCUGGGGUGCCAACGGCAUGUCAGCUGUGAUACCACAACAGCUACGUCGACCUCGAAGACCCAGGGCAUAUGGUGAUGGGACUGAGUUGGAUGAAUUUGACGACUUGCCGACAAGCAAAGAAAAGGAAAAACAGUUUACAUGGGUUGUAAAAAAUAAUCCCAAUAACUCCACUCGAAACCCAAGCAAACUGGGAUCUGUUGGACCCAUUAACUCGAACAAUGAGAGAAAAGAUGGUCCUAACCCUCCCGUCGCUGGCAGCAAUCAAAGAAGUCGGAGUAGGCUCGAAGCUAGGAAAGCUGAGGGCGUCCGUAGAAGAACUUUGGCUAUCAAUGCUCAAAUCAAGAAAAUUGCCACGAAGAAGGGCCUCAUUCGUCAGAUGAGUGGUAAUACUCUAAGUCAGCUGUCUACCAACACUGAGAUGAGAUGGAACGACCAGGAGGCCCGGUGGGAAGGAAACGAGCAUGUACUCCGAGAGUUUGACAACGUGUUAUCGACCUCAUCAAGACCAGCAUUGAUCAGUCAACUGUCGAUCCAAUCUCCCAUGAUGAGAUCGCCCACCGGCGCCAUUCAAGAAGAUAUGCCUGAUAGCGGGCUGAUGAACAGUUUCAGGAACAACAAGGCACAGAACCAUGUCGUGGGUGGCAUGAUCUUUGAUGCCGAGUCGAUGUCUUGGAGGAAGGUUACAGGCGGCGGGGAGGAUGAAGACGAGCUCCAGCUGGAGUCCGACGAAGAGCUCGAGCUUCGUUGGCUCGCCGACGAUGAAUCUUCUUCCCGCCACAAGCCCCUUGGUGGUGUCCGGGACGACGGCUGGAACUCGCUCUCUUCCUCAUUAUCUUUGCCUCAUCCUCAAAACAAAUACGAGUCUGAGGAUGAAUUCAAUAGAAAUCGCGGCAGGCGCUCCGGCAGCUUUUGGCAGGCCUGUGUUGAGGCUGAGGAGAGGCAUAAAAAAGAGAUUGCCAGUUGGAUCCCUAUUGAAAACCACUCUCAUCUCCCGCGAUCUGAGACCAAUAAACCGGUCAAGAAAGCUUCUAGUAGCCAUCAGCCAGUCAAGCUCAAGAGAUCUAACCUUUCUUCCAAUCAUACACCGUCUUCAACUAACUCGGUUUAUCCUAAUCAACUUCAUAAAACUCAUCUUAAUCCUACUGCUGGUAAACCUAACAAACCUUCCUCGGCCGUUCCUGGAAACCAUUCCCACGGUAGAUUAUCAGAUGCUGACCGAUGUUAUUUACAGGAAAUUCGAAAGUUGGUGUUGGAAGAGUUCUAAGAUCUCCGUUUGCUGCUUUCAAAAUUAUAGCCUCAGAUAGUUUCUUUUAUCCGUUUAUACACACCCCGUCUCGCACACACGCACCACCAACAUAAAAGUAUCGUCUCUAUAUCAUUCAACUCCCCCGUCCUCUUCUUCCGACAUCUCAACAAUCAAUCAGUUGUCGGGGUUUCUUGGAUAGUUUUGGUUUCGCCAACUUGCUUUCUUAAACAAACAACAAAACGUAAAAGAAACAUGAGAAGCAUGAUCGAUGUAUAUAUGUUUUUUUGUACAUCACAUUACAUCCUUUUCUAUAUAAAUACAUUUGUAAAAGAAAAUCCUCCUCCUCCCUCCCCUCUUACAACAACAACAAAAAGAAACAUCCCCACCACAAGACACUUUCUUUUUUUAUUGUUUGCACCCAAAACAAGAUCCGCCUAAAACUUUCACAUCUUCCAUGAUUCACUUCCACCCCUCGGUUUCAUCCAAUAACCUUACCAACUCCCUCGUCCUCUCCUAUCUUGCUGCCUCACUGCCACCCAUCAUAUACUUUUAUAAACCAAUAACAACCUCCCCAAAAAUCAAUGAACAUCCUUCGAACCGAUAUUUUUUUUCUUUCAUUUCUUCGUUUUGUUAUGGCUUGAUAACCCUAGACUUCCUCCCCCCUUUUCUCUCUUUUGUGGUUGGGUAGUCAGUCGUUUUCAACUUGGGAUAUAAAUAUUUCAUAGACGAGAGGUGUAGAAGAUUAUAUAAGAACUCCUGGGCUUUGUUCACCUCGACUCUUUCUUCUCUACCUGCAUCAAGGAUUCUAUUUUCCAUUUAUCAUUUCAUCAACCUCCACCCCCUUCUCUUCUCUCUUAUUGAACUAUCAGUCAAAGGUUCUUUGGGUUCUUGUACCUCUUCUCCUUUCAUCUCCUUCCCAACACAACAUAACUUUUGUCCUUGUCCAACAAUCACCACAUACUCCAAUUCUUUCACCUCUUCUUCC